AUGAGCAAUUACUACGAUCAAGCAGCAGACAAGCUGAGAAGUGAUAUACAUUUGAACAGACUAGACAUGAUUGAAAGAGAUAAAAAGCAUGAAGACUACGAAGAUUAGCUACUUUAGUACAAAAAAGAUGUCAUGAAUCUCUCAGUCUACAGGGCAGAUCAUUCACAGCUAGAUGAGUUAUAGCAAUAGCUCUAGAAUAAUGUAUAAAUCUCUGAGGGUGAGAAAGACCAAAUUAUUGAAAUGGCUCAGCUAAUGAACAGUUCUACUCUCAUUAAGUCUUAUGAAAAUAUCAUGAUGCAGUAUGAAUAGGACUUGGACAAGAAAAACAAUCAAAUCAAAGAAAUGGAAAGGGAUAUAUAACAGAUUCAAUACGAGAACCAAAAUCUUGCCUCUCAACUCUAUAAUCUGAAGGUAAAUCUUACUGCUACAGGAAAGGAUAAUUUCUAAGAUGGUUUAUAUAAAGAUAGCAGUGUAGGAAGGGAUGAGAAGGAAAGACUUGUGGAACUUCUAAAGAGAAAUCAUGACAUCGUCCUUGAAAAGUAUGAGCUACAAAAAUAAAGAAAUGAUACCCUAGAGAAGACAGCUAUUGAAAAGGAAAAACUAUACAAUGAGAUCAAGAUUGAGAAUGAUCAGUUGGCGAAUCAAAGUUAUAAACUUCAAAGAAGUACUGAGGAUCUUAUUAAUGAGAAGAAAAUAUUAGAAACUAAACUUAAGAAUAUUGACAACAAUCUCAGAAGUCAGACUGAUGAUGCUAGACAACUUAGAUUAAGUAAUUAGCAAUUCGAAAGCAAAAUAAAGCUUUUGAGUGAGGAGUAUGAUAACCUUUAGAAGUCCUUCGAGGAACUAUCAAUCAAGAAGUAGUCAGAGGUAGAAAUACUUAGCAAGGAAAUCAAUUCGUUGGUCGUUCUUGAUAAAGACUCAAAGCAAAGACUUUACGUUCAGGAUAAGGAUAUAGGGGAACUUAGAGAUCAUAUCAGACUUAUUUCUUAGGAAUUAGACUCUAGAACUAGGGAAAACUAGCAUUUGGUAUAAUUACUUGAGGAUUAGGAGUAAAAGAUUGCAUUAUAUGAACAGAAAGAAAAAUCAAUUCAGUAAUUAGCUGCAGAAAGUAAGAAAAGAAUUGAAGAAGCCAAUUCUGAAAGAGAUAGAGUGCUUUUGAAAGAGUAGUAGUAUUUAAGAUAGAUUACAAGGCUAGAAGAAAGAAUCAAAACAGAGGGAUAAGAAAAAUAAGAAAGGCAUGAAAAGAUAAUUGAAAGUCUCAGGUUAAAGUAAAAGAAUAUGCUUGACCAGAAAGAUGAUGAAAUCAGUGAUCUAAGGCUAAAGCUUUCAGAUGCCAAGGAGUCUUCUGAUAGAUAUAGAGUCGAAAAGGAAAGUUUGAGAAAUGAGCUAGACAAGCUUUAAGAUCAAAUAAGGACCUUAAAAGACGAAUCAUCCAUUAGAUAUGAAACCUAUAGCAAGUAGAUUAAUUAGUCAGAGUUACUAAAUGAAGAUAAAAUGAGAUAACUAUCCAGAGAUAAUGAGAGAUUUAAAGAGGAAAAUGAGACAAUGAAAAGAAAUCAAUAGCAGACUCAAAUUUUAUUGCAUGAGUAGGAGAUAAAAUUGGACGGAAACAUGAGGGAUUACGAGAGAUAUUUUGAAGAGAAUAAAAGAAUGAGAGAGAUGAUCAACAGUCUAAGAGAGGAAAAGGAUAACGCCUACAAUGAAGUAAAGCGAUUAAAGAAUAUCUACCAUGAUAGAGUAAAUGAACUCAAUGAUGAAUGUAAUCUAAAAAUAGCUCAUCUAGAAAAUCAGCUACUUGAAGCCAAAGAGAAGCAUAAAUUCCAUGAGGAAAAAGGAUUUGAGAUUAUGAUGAUGCAGGAAAGGAUUUCAGAUAAACUAAAAAAUGAGCAUAGAUUGACUGUGGAAUAAUUUGAAAGAGUAAUGAAAGCCUUAAAAACAGACAAUAGACAUUUACAAGAUAAAGUUAUUGAGCUUAAAGGAUAGCUGAAACUUGAGAAGGAAAAUAAUGAUGAUAACUUAUAUGAGAAAAUGAAAAAAUCUGUCAAAAAAUCUAGCUCUAAAUCUAAGGACCGUGAAAAGGAAAAAUCUAAAACCAAUAAUAAGUGA